AUGCCGACAGUUCUCACUCCACUGGCUGUCCACGCAGUACAACAAAACGACCUAGAACUGGUAGAUCUGAUUAAAAAUUCUUCAUCGUUAAAAUUACAAAAACUUUGCAUUGAAGAAUCUGACGUGUACUGUGACAUCGCUACGGGUAUCGUUAAACCAUACAUACCUCAAUCUCUACGGAGAGCGGCAUUCGGCUCAGUGCAUUACCUGUCACAUUCCAGCCGAAAAACUACGUCUAACACCCUGCGACAAAAAUGUACAUGGCCUGGAAUACGGAAAGACGCUAUUCAAUGGUCUCGGGAAUGGCUGGCCUGCCAGAGAUCCAAAGUCCACCGACACAACAAGAUAAAACCAAACCACAUCGAAACUCCGGACAACAGGUUCAAUCACAUCCACCUGGACAUCAUAUUCCUGCCGAAGGUAGACGGAUACCAGUACUGCCUAACAAUCAUUGACAGAUUUACACGCUGGCCGGUAGCAGUGCCAAUCAAAGAUAUGACUGCAGACACGGUAGUUACAGCUCUCUUCGACCACUGGAUUGCACACUACGGGACUCCAAUACAAAUUACUACAGACCAAGGAAUGCAAUUCGAAUCGGCUCUUUUCACUGCACUUGCCCAGCUUAUCGGUGCUGAUAAGACAACUCCGUACCACCCACAAUCCAACGGAAUAGUGGAAAGGAUGCACCGCACUCCAAAAGGAGCGCUCAUGUGUUCUCCUAAACCGUGGACUCAGAUAUUAUCAACUGCACUUUUGGGAUUAAGAACGAGCUUCAAAGAAGACAUUCAUGCUACUCCUGUAGAGAUGCUCUAUGGAACAUGCCUACGCGUACCUGGUGAAUUCUUCGUAACUGCUAAAUUGCCAGGGGAGCCGCAAAUAUUUGUUGAAAAGCACCGCGAAUCCAUGCGUGGUCUCAGGCCGACUCCAACAGCCCAUUACAACAAGGCACGUAUUUAUAUACUUAAAAAUCUAGACACGUGUUCACACGUCUUUGUACGUUGUGAUCACGUAAAAGCUUCUCUAGAAGCAUCUUACAUUAGACCGUAUUAA